UAAUACACUUUCCUUUCGUCUACAAGUACAGCCGUAGGGGAUGCCGCCUAAAUCUUCCUCUGCAACAUCCAGCACAAGAAAAAAGCAUGCGCGCAAGGCGGCAGGGAUAGCUGGUCUCGAUCUUCAACCGCAGCAGAAAAAGGAAAAGGGCGAAAAAGGGAAGAGAGGCAAGAGAUCAGAUCCUCCGCGUCCCAAGGUGUACAUCGCGCCGGUAAAGCCCACUGCGGCCGUUCCCGAUCCUCUGGAAACGACUGGGCUUGCACAUCGGCUGCCUGCGGAGCUUGUAGUGGUGCUGAGGACGUUGGGCAAGAAGGCCGGUGUGACGAAGGGCAAGGCGUUGGAGGAGCUGCAGACCGGAUGGAUCAGCAAAAUUCGACUCCCCGGCCAGUCCGAGGACGCAGAGGAAGUGUAUACACUGCUCGAAAUGAUUCCGGUAUGGACGCACCACUUGCCCGGCCUGCUUGCGCAUCCAUCUCGCAAACUGCGAAUGCUGACAGCCAGCAUCCACGCGACGAUGUUUCGAAUUCCUUUACUCCGCGAUGCGCUGGACGUCAACAUGUCGGAUACGGCGAAGGGGAUGUGGGCUUUGGUUGCACACGACACGGACCGGGUGGUAAUCAGUGCUGUUCAGCCCAUCACGACUGCAGAUCCUGCAUUUUUGGAGCGUGUAUUGUUGGAUCCGGAUGCGUUGUACAUCGAGCUCAAUCCCCCCGCACCAGUACCAGCACCCGCGCCUUCAUCGGGCAAGGGUGGAAAGAACAUCGCCAAACCUACGGGAGCGGCUCCGCAAGCUGCACCCCCUGCAAGGCUAAAGGCCGAAGAGCAGGAGGAGAACGAAGAGGACAGACGCGCAAGAUUGAGGACAUCAGCAUUGGGCGCUUUGAAGACCUACCUUGAAUCCUCCACUGACACCCCGCUUCCUCCCUUCAUCGCAUCGCCUGCGUUGUGGUCUUGUCUCUACCAUGACUCAUACGAGAUUCAGUCCCUUGAUACCGACAAUGACGACGACGACGAGAACGAUGAGGAGGAAGAUGAGUACACAACAUAUGCAAAACACUCAGUACCAGAGUCUUCUUUUGGCCACGCCCAACCACCACUAAGGAGAGCAGCGUGGGCUGUGAUCCCAGCUCUUCUAUCUCGCAAACCUCUCCCGGCACCGAUGGUGGACGUUCUAGCGCGCGCAGUCUUGGGCGCCGCCUGGGUUGAACCAGAUGGGGGUGUACAGGGCUCCAUGUGGGCCGGUCUCCUGGGGACGGUCAGAGAUUACCCCAGCUCUUGGGCACUGGCCGGGCCUCGCGCUUAUGAACAUUUUCGGACUGCGUUUCUGGCAAAAGCGUGCGGGGGAGCACCGGUAUCGGCGUAUCCCAGUGUCGUUGUCAUCUUGUCUACCAUCCCUAAGGAGAUCCUCUUCCCAUCUGAUCCGUUGUUCGAGUCUUUCUGGGCUGCGUUAGGUGAAAGAGCUGCACCCUCGCUCACAACCGCAUUGGCACCUGCUCGAGCACGAGCUGGGACAGCUUUCAUCAGUGCUCUUCUCGAAAGUGCAGUUUUCGUUGCAAGGAGGGCACGGGCUGGGGAAGGCUCAGAGGAUGGGAACGUGCUCCUCAAGCGAGAAAUCACUCGGAGUUGGCAAGCUUUGUGUAGUGGAAGUGAUCUGCGAUUGUACGCAGACUGUAACAAGGUGGGGACUAUUCUGAGGGAGACUUGCGUGCGGGCUGGCGGUGUUUCUGUCGAACUUUUGGAGACGUCGCUUGCUGCCAUGUCAGAGUGCAUACACACCACAUGCUCGAAUGGUAAAGAAAACUCGGAGGCCGAACUCGUUUGGAUCGUGAUAAAAGCGCUCGCCGAAUCUCCAGCCGAUUAUCCCUCUGAAUGGACUCCCUCUAGCGAUGGAAAACUUGUGCCAGGAGAAGUUGCACACCGACUAGCCGUCACUGGACGCCGUCUUUGUGUCGAGGUGCUCAAGGCUGCGAUUCCAGGUGCCGAGGAUGGACAAUGGCGGAGAACACUCAUCGCGGAGGCCUUGGGUUCGUUCGGUGGACAUGUUUGGGAAGACCAGGAGGUGGCUCAGAGACAGUCGCUCUAUCUGUCUCUCCUUGCAGCCGUUGCGUCGCAUCCUGAAGGUGCGGCCGAAGCCUUGGGGCAGCUCGUUUCGCCGGCUGCAGCCAAGUCCGUUCAGGGCCUUCUGGCUGUUCAGUCAGGGGAAGAUGCGCAUGGUCCGCUGGAUACAUUGAUCAGUGGUGAGGAUGGGAUUACUCUUCCCGCAACCUUGUUGGUGCAAAUCCUGCAAAGCGGUGAACGUUUUCUUUCACGACAAGCUAGCACUGCCACUCUUGUUCGCGUCGUUUCUCGACUGGUUGCGCGUGUGGCAGUUGCAACUACGGCCAAGACAGAACUGGCUGUAUUCACUGCGGAUCUUGACAUGCUGGCUGGUGUGCUCGGUGGUCGGCCCGAUGCUCUACUGUCAUCUGAUUGGGCAACCUUGAUACCCGCCGUCUGGCUCAUUGCAUUCGUUUUGUCUCGAGGAAGCGAGCUGAGCGAGGUUACCAACACUGCAAGAAAUCUAUGGCUGCAGUGGAGUGCGGAUGCUCAGGCUGUUGAGAAGACUGCUGUCGUCGAUGAGAUCAAGAAACAAUGUUCAUCCCUGAUCAGCUCAGUAGAUGUCAUCGUCCGUCCAGAUGAUGUUAUUGCAGUGCUUGUCGAUGGUAGUCUCCCAGGACCUUUCGAUUUGGUCCGAGAUGUAUUCCCAACCCACGAGGCCUUCGAUGCAAUGCUCCAGACCAUUCCCUCGAGUUUGGCAGCGGCGAGCCUGGCAGUGCUGCAUCCUCAUCUCCCGCCCACUGACGCUAGUGGAUAUCAGACUGCGGCUCCCCGCGCAUUCAUCCGCAUUGGCUCAGCACUGCUACAUGCUCUUGUAACAGAUCGUCGUGCUGCACGUGACAAUGUGUGGACCUUGCAGUACAUUGUCGCGCUCGCGUUGUAUGUCGAGGACGCAAUCGCGUUGCCGGCCAGCUCCCCUCUGUCUCUUGAGACAGCCACAUCCAAAUCGAUCGUUGAUCAAGCACUCCAAAUCACCACCUAUGUGCUCACCGCUGCAACAGAGCAAUCAAAAGCUCUGACCUGCAUCAUCAACGACAAACCACUCGUUGGCGGCACUCCUCUAGAUGUUCUGAUAGUCGACUUGCUUGGGCGUGCUCGUCGAGAGGAUUCGAUCAGAGAUUGCCGAGUUUUAAACAGGAUUCUGGCUCAGAUCUUGCAUAACACGGAUAGAAAAGAGGCUGAGCUCUGGGUUAGAGUGGCACGUAAAGUAGAGAGGACAGCACCUGAGACGUGUAUUGCCAUCAUCUCUGCCGUUAGCGCCUCCGCAUUAGAGCCACCGCAGUUGGACAGAUACAGAAACGAAUUGGCAGCGGAUUUGAUGGGCGUUAGCCCCGCCAAAGCUAACACACUAGGCUUGCUUACACUUCGCAAGCUGGCUGCCAGUGCACCCGAUGUCAGCUCCGAUGUUGUAUUCCUUCCCCAGCAGAGAACUGUCAAUGUCUUCAAGGCUUGUCAGCAGUGGAUCUCAUCUGACGAAGAUAUCGACGAGGAGUUGGAGAGUGCCAUGACGCACGUCUUCUUUUAUCUCGCAACGCUCGUUCAGAAUGUGCCUGGGACCCACUGGGAACUCAUCUUCGACGUCGUCGAAAGUAACCUCGAGAAUGCCUCGCUCACGGAGGAAGAUACACUGGUCUCGUUGGCACGCACUCUUCGUCUGAUCAUCCUCAUUCAAGAUCUGGCCGCAAGUAAUAAGACUCUCCGCGCGAACUGGGAGGAAAGACACAUGCAGAUACUGGGCAUGGUGCGAAACCUGGCAGCUGGUCGAUUGGACGAUGCUGUGAUCUCUCAGCCUCGUUCAAUAUGCCGACAACUUGUGCUCUCCGUCGUACAGAAUCUCCCUCCUUCCCUUAUCAGCGAAGAAACCCUACCGAAAAUGUGUCACCUGCUCUCGGACCCUUCGGCCAAUGUCCAAAAGAUGGCGUACCGCCUGUUGCAGAUCGCAGCCCAAAAGCACACCGAACACUUGGUCAUCGAAGCAGCAGUGGACGCUGAAUCUUCCUCCAAAAUUGAGCUUCCUCUUGAGCUGUUGGAGAUCUUGCGAACGACUACGGACAUCAACCAGCUGGAGUUGCUUGAUGCAGAUGAGUCGAUCGUGUUCGGAUAUCUCCUCGGCUGGAUGGUUGUAUUUGAUUUAUUCGCCAAUGCUUCCCUGAAGAUCCGAUUGGGCUACAUUGACCAUCUACGAGCACUACAACUCGUCGGCAACGAGUUCAUUCCCAACAUUCUCAAUCUGCUCGAGAUCGACCAGGGAAUACCCAGGGCUUUCAAGCUUGACGCAUGGGUAGUCGACGAGUAUUACGUGGAUUUCUAUGAACCGGGAGACAGUUUGUGGAGUCUUCAAGUCCUUGCAGCUCAUUUGUACUAUCGCGCCCUCCUGACCGUGCCUUCGUUGAUCUACAACUGGGUUCUGGACUGCAAGGACCGCCAAUUGUCGAACAGUAUCGCCACCUACACGUCCUUGCACUUCUCCCCAGUCAUCAUACGAGCGGAAUUGGCUCACGUCAAGAGUCCGGAAGCCACUGCCGAGUUGGCGGACGAGAACCUGACGGUUAAAGUUGCGUCGAAUGUUAAUGAGGUAUCGGCAGCAUAUCUGGUGGACGAACAUCAGUUGGAAAUCAAACUCAAGAUACCAUCCGAUUGGCCAUUGCACAAGAUUGAGGUGAAGGAUGUGCAGAGGGUGGGGGUGGAGGAAACAAGAUGGCGGGCGUGGAUCCUUGCUGUCCAGCAAAUUCUCUGGUCGCAGCUCUCGCAGAACGGUCGCAUAGCAGAUGGGAUCGGACUGUUCAAGAAGAACGUGACCGGUCAUUUUGAGGGCCAGGUUGAAUGCGCCAUCUGUUAUUCGAUCAUCAGCGUGAUGGACGGAACUCUUCCACGGAAGCCUUGCAAGACUUGCAAGAAUAGAUUUCACUCUGGAUGCUUGUACAAGCAUGUCGGCAUGCCUGGCCGACGCGCAUCCGAAAUCGGCGCAGGAGUCCGGUCCAUCAUGAACGGAACCACCAACCAUAACCAGGGCCCUUCCGCCGCGCGCCCAACCAAACCACUACCGAACGGGUCUACGCCAGCCCCCCCAGCACCUGCUGCAGCUCCUCCUGCACCACCAUCGAAUCACGCGAUAGCACCCAACCCAGGACCGAAUCGACAACCACAUGCGCAUAACCACGCACACGGGCCCGCGCCCGUGAACGGGCACGCUGGCAAGGGGAAGAAGAAGAAUGAUGCACCCGUCGACCCGGCCGCUAUGUACGAGAGUCUGAAGAACCGGAUCGCCGCGUUGGAAGAGGAAGAGGUGCUAGAGGAGGAGGAGGAACGGAGAUUCGCCGAGGAAGCGCAGAAAUCGGUGAGGGGCAUGUCGGAGACUGCGAUCCACGCGAAAUACAUCGAACUGUUUGCCGAAUUCAAACGUCUGGAACGGGACCACGCGAAAGAGAAGCAGAAACUAGUGAAAGACAAAGAUGCUGCCAAGGGCCAAUUGACUAAAGCAAACCAGUCGAAGAUUAAGGUGGAAAACCUUGCUCGCGAAUUGCAGAAGGACAACAAACGUCUGAGGGAAGACGGAAAGCGCCUGGCCCAAUCGGUGGAGGAUGCUCAGGACGAGCUGAUCCAAAUGCGAAAUGACAUCACCAAACGUGCCGAAAAAGCUAAAGCUCUCGAUGCCAAGUACCGUGAAACGCCGGACAUCGUAGUGAAAGUCGUGUGCCGAUAUCGGGCGGAGCUAUUCUUCAAGAUCUCGCGCAAAACGAAGCUGUCGCGGCUAUUCAACGCAUGGACAGAGAGGAUGGAAAAGUCUGGUGGGCAGAAAGGGACCUCGUCCAAGGGUGGCACGGCUGUGACCGCGGAGAACGGGAUGGUGCAAUCAGAUGCUGUGUCAUCUACGGGAUCGGGUGCUUCAAGUUCGUCGAUGCAAUUCGUCUUCACGCACAACGGGCGCACCAUCGAUGCCGACCAGACGCCGGAGGAAGCCGGAAUGGACGACAAUGAUGAGAUUCUCGCUGUCGAGUUGAUGGACUUGACGGAGGGACCGGGCUGGGAGGAGCAGGAAGAGCAGAUCGAGCCCCAGCGCCAGCAAUUGAGGAAGAACUGGACGGAGAACCCUCAAGAGGCCAAGCGCACCAUCACAGAGAUUUUCGAUGGUGUAGUUCGAGAACGACUGAAAGAAUUGCUCCAGCAGUACAAAUUGCGCGAACAGCACUUUGAAUGUGUCAUUCGUUCGAAAGAGCUCGAGGUGCUGUUAUCCCGAGCUCGUGCUGCUGAACAAAAGCAGCUUGCAGAAGGCGAGAAGUUACGAAACGAAAAACGUGCAGAAGAGGUUCAGCAACUUAGGAAAGAUCUUGAGGAGGCGCAGAAUGACCAAACAAUACUCAUCGACAAACUAAUACAGUGCUGCAAGGAGCCCAAUGCCGAGCGCACUCAACGUCUUUUCGCUUCACUUCGCGAGGAAUUGGAGAAGAAAGGGCCUCGGCUGAAUACGUUACCUGCAGAUGGGUAGCCCAGUACGUAGGAAACCGAUUUCCAAAUCAACAUCUUACACCACUGAGUACAUCGAGUCCGUGAUAUUCCAAGCCCAUUCAGACCAACGCAUCGAGCUCAACAAGCUCUCCAA